UCCCACCUCAACCCCGAAUUUUCCCUCCUCAAUCCUAAAUUCUGCCCCCUCUUAAAAAUCACAGAGAUCCCCAAAUUUUCUCUUCCCCUAUUCUUCUCCCCUUCUUCUCCUCUGUUCAAAGGCGAUAACUCCCGUCCCAUCGUCGCCUCCCCCCUCGCCCCCGCGCCCUCCUUCUCCUUCGACAUCGUCGUCCCCGUUCGUCGUCCCGUCGUCGCCUCCCCCUCAGCUCGCGAAUGUGCUCUCUGAAUCAGGCCUGGAGAUUUUUAAGGUUCCUCUGUUUUCCUUUAUAAAAAAAACAUCGCUAAUCUCCAAUUUCUCCAGCUCCAAAAAAGCCCUAAUUUCUCCGCUAAUUCAAUGCAUGGGGCUGCUGGAAACUAUCCUCAAUUGGCUCCGAAGAACGCUGGGAAAACUUCCCUUGUGAAUGUCAUCGCAACUGGUGGAUAUAGUGAGGACAUGAUUCCUAUACCGACAGGGGAGAAUGGGGUAACGAGGGCGUCGAUCAGUAUUGACUUGCAGAGAGAUGGGUCGCUGGGCAGUAAAGCGAUUAUAUUGCAGAUUGAUAACAAAUCUCAGCAGGUUUUAGUGAGUGCUCUUAGGCAUUCUCUGCAAGUAUUGUUGCUCUUAUAAACGUCUACCUACCGAUGAAUUUAUGUUUUUUCUCCUUUAUCUGUGUAGAGUUACUGAAAGAUGCAUUGAUCUGUAUCGCUCAAUGACAAUUACUAUAUCUUUUUUCAGAAUGCAAUAUGUUUAACAUUCUCUUUAUUUGUAAUAUUUUAUUCCUCUUACUGGAGAUUUUAAUCUCCAUUGAAACUGCCUGAUCUUGUGGAUCGUCUAAUUAGUCUCUGAUAUUGUACAUGUGAUGAUCUAAAAUGUUGUUGGAUUGCUUGUUUCUCUUGUCGUAAAUCAGGUUGGAGCCCAUGCUCGUGUUUGGAUGUAGCCCCUUUGGUUAUGUUCAAUUAAAGGGCUGAUUUGAGUCUCUGAACUCUUGGCUGAAGGGAUUUGUACCCUGAUGGCUCAUUCAGGAAGUUAGCACUGUUUUUCUUUGAUUUUCUUCUUGAAAGGAUGAAGAGAAAAAGAUGACUUCUUUAUAUGUGGAGGAGAUAAUAAUCUGCUGCAGGAAAAUGAUUCUUGCAAGAUGAUCAGUCCUUGAGAAGCUUGGUUUGUUUUUUCAUACUGCAGUGUCGAGGCAAUCUUGGGAAGGUCUGCUGUACUGCAUAUUGGAGAUGGCUACCAAAAUUUUGAGCAUAUUUUAAUAUGAGAAGAGGGGAAUGCUCGUAAACACUUUAUGUAUCUUUCUAAUUUUUUAGUGAAUGUAUUAUUUGAAUGUAAUUGGAUUUGAUAUUGGAAUAUAAUUAGAUUGUGUUGGAUAUAAAUAAAA